AUGUAUGUUAACGGUAAAGAAAAACUAGCUAGUUUGACACAUUUUUCGUUGACGUGCAUUAGUGAAAUAGUUGUUUAUGAUGAGGUGCUUGUGCCAAAUUUACAUCGAAUGAUAAAUCUGGAAAAACUGGAUUUAUAUAUUGCAACCGAUCAUCACGAAACAUUUAUCGAUGGUAAUAAUUUGAAAAAUGAUAUUAUAAGUCAUAUGCCUCGCUUAAAUAAUUUCAUAUUUAAUAUUCGCUCAAUGAUUCAUCCUAGCGAUCAAAUGCAUUUACCAUCCAAUGAAGACAUUCAUCGUACAUUUGCAGGUUUCAAAGACUAUGAAGUUAUUUGUUGUGUUGACUAUUUUCCAGAAGAACGAUAUGGCCAAUGUCAUAUUUAUUCAUACCCAUAUACGUUAACAUAUUAUGAUAAUAUAACCAAUAAUUUGCCAGGCGGAUUAUUUAAUAAUGUUCAGGAAGCCACACUGUUUGACGAACGUCCUUUUGAACAUGAAUUUUUCAUUCGAAUUUCUCAAGCAUUUCCUUUUCUAAAAAAGUUAACUAUAGAUAAUUCAAAGCCACAAAAUUACAAACAACAACAAUCAAAUGAUGAUAAUCGAAAGUUUUCAGCUAUCGAAUAUUCUCAUCUUAUUGAACUUCGUCUUCCGAAUGUUCAUGACGAUUAUGCUGAGCAAUUUUUAUUUGACACGAAAACGUGCCUAUCAAAUUACAUUCGAUUGGCAAUUGAUUAUGAUCGACUGCAACGUGUGACACAGAAUUUUACAAUGGAUACUACACGAAACAAUUGUUCUAAAGUAAAAAGGCUUGUUCUUUAUGAAUCUUUACAGUUACCAAAACAUUGUAAGAUGUAUUUUCCUCACCUCGAAUGA